AUGCCCAAAAAGGGAAAGAAGGGAAAUCGCCCCGCUCUGCAGCAUCACAACAACGACUCGCUGCGUAGGGAUAUCGAGGCCGGACGCAAUGCACCCAUCGACGGCGUCAUCGAUCCGUUCGCCGACGACAACGACGAUGGCGCUUUCGACAUUGCAGACGAGCUGCUCGCAGCAUUAGACGAGCGUGACGCCGCCGCCGAGGCUGCAGAAAAACCCUCUCCCAACAACCACUCGGGCGGCGGCUUGAGAGAAGCGGGCGGACGUCUGAUCAGCGGCUUGCGGCACCACAACCAUGACGCCGAUGCCACCGCGCAAACGGGCACCAGCCCCACUCACAAUCGCAAGUCGAGCAUCCGCAAGCUGUUCGGAAGCAGUCCCAAGAGCCCCGAGUCCUCGGCCCCAUUAGACGCCGCCGCCGCACCCAAGAAGAAAAUCAGCCGCCAGCAGCAGCGCAAGGAUCGUAAAGCCGCCGAGAUUGCAGAAGUGCGUCGUCAGGCCGAGGAAGAAGUCAAGCUCGGCGCCAACAAGCCCGACGAAGCACAGAUCGAACGCCAGGGUAUCACUGCCAUGUGCUCGGCACUCGGUCUUGCCAUGCACGAAAUCACGCCCGACGGUCAUUGCCUCUACGCUGCUGUCGCGGACCAGCUCAACCUUCGCAAGAAGCUCGAUGCUCCCAUCGACUACAAGGCCGCGCGCCGCGCCACCGCUCAACAGAUGCGCACCCACCCGGACGAAUACAAACCCUUCAUCUCGGACUCGGACGAACACAUGGCAGGCAUCAUCAACCGCGAAGCCGGAACGCUCAACUCCGAGCAGGCGCAAGAGAAGUACUUCUUGGACUACUGCUCGGCGGUGGAGAAUACAGGCGUUUGGGGAGGCCAGCCCGAGAUCCUGGCGCUCUCCCGCGCAUUUGGAACGCAGAUCCACGUCAUCCAGGCCGGCGUGCCCGUGCUCAAGGUCGGAGAGGGCGAAUACGACGGCGAACCGCUCACCAUUUCAUAUCACCGCAGGAUGUACGGCCUGGGCGAGCAUUACAACUCGCUUCGACCAGCACCGCCUGCCUAG